CAAUUCCUGUCACGAAUGUAGUUUUUUUUAGGGAUGCCCUUCCAUUACUAUUCCAUGGAAUACUUUACGAUAGUAGCUAUGAUUACCAACAGUCAAAAAGAUAGAGGGUUGAGUUUAUCGCGCCAGAUUUGUUCCAAAUUUUUCAGUACCCACAACAAAACUAUAGCUUUACGUGGGCGACAGAAAGUAUUUCUUGCAAAAUUUCAUGAGGAAAUUGUAUAAGUAUAUUGCUAAUGAGUAGAAAAGAAUAGUCAACUUACGAGACUACCGGAUAGUUAAUUAGCAAUGUAGUUAUUUUCGGAUCCUUGAUUGAGGAGUUUAGUAGUAGC